CAACCGUGAAACGAUCCACCGUCUUCAAUAGUGAAUGUCUGUAUCAAGAGAGAUCGGAGCGAUGCUCCUCGCAUUCCCACCCUUGGCUUGGUCACAAGCCGGACAAACCCUCGCACGGCCCCCACCUGCCAGCCCGCCGCGACUCAUACCUAUCCCAAUUACUACCACCUGGUCGGUUCCAGGGGCCCUUGGAGCGAGAAAAAAAGAAGAAAAAAAAAAACCUCUCCCCGUGACGGAGUACAAACUCCGUACCUUCACACAGACAUACAAGAGAGGACCGGGGGCCCGGUCUAGUUUGGCCAAACACCAUGGUCCCGCGGUGGGCGACGCCAACCGGCACAUCCGCGGUUCGACGCGGCGGGCCCAUUUGGAAUGACAGCCAGUGGAGUCUGCCUGGUUCCUGGGUCAGGAUUCUCGUUUUGAGGAUUCAAUCUUCCUUCCACCCCCUCCCAGCCACCCACUCUUAAUGGACUGU